GGGCCUGCCCAAGAUGGCGGUGCAGGUGGUGCAGGCGGUUCAUCUGGAGUCCGACGCAUUUCUAGUGUGUCUCAACCAUGCUCUGAGCACGGAGAAGGAGGAGGUGAUGGGGCUGUGUAUCGGGGAGUUGAAUGAUGACACAAGGACUGACUCAAAAUUUGCAUAUGCUGGGACUGAGCUGCGAACAGUUGAAAAGGUUGACACAGUGAAGAUUAUUCACAUUCAUUCUGUCAUCAUCUUGCGGCGCUCCGACAAGAGGAAGGAUCGUGUGGAAAUUUCUCCCGAGCAGCUGUCUGCGGCUUCAACAGAGGCAGAGAGAUUGGCUGAACUAACAGGUCGCCCCAUGAGAGUUGUGGGCUGGUAUCAUUCCCAUCCUCAUAUAACUGUUUGGCCUUCCCAUGUUGAUGUUCGCACACAAGCCAUGUACCAGAUGAUGGAUCAAGGCUUUGUAGGGCUGAUUUUUUCCUGUUUCAUAGAAGAUAAAAACACAAAGACUGGCCGGGUCCUCUACACUUGCUUCCAGUCCAUACAGGCCCAAAAGAGCUCAGAGUCCCCUCAUGGUCCACGAGACUUCUGGAGCUCCAGCCAGCACAUCUCCAUUGAGGGCCAGAAAGAAGAGGAAAGGUAUGAGAGAAUGGAAAUCCCAAUCCACAUUGUGCCUCACGUCACCAUUGGGAAGGCGUGCCUUGAAUCAGCGGUUGAGCUGCCUAAGAUCCUGUGCCAAGAGGAGCAGGACGCCUACCGGAGGAUUCACAGCCUUACACAUCUGGACUCAGUAACCAAGAUCCAUAAUGGGUCAGUGUUUACCAAGAACCUGUGCAGUCAGAUGUCAGCAGUCAGCGGCCCUCUCCUGCAGUGGCUGGAGGACAGAUUGGAGCAAAACCAACAGCAUUUGCAGGAGUUACAACAGGAAAAGGAAGAACUUAUGCAAGAGCUGUCUUCCCUAGAAUAAGCCAGGAGGCCUGAUGGGG